AUGAAAGGAAGAAAUAAGGAAAGAGUCAGGGAAGUGAUGCGUCGGUUGUUUGAAAACAUGAAGCACCUACAAAUUGAGACAUCGCACAAGGCUUUGGAGAUAGAUAGGAGUCAGAUUGAGUGCAAUCCUGUAACCAUCUUCAAACAAGCUGUUGACAAUUGUAAACCACUGCUGAUAACUGUUAGGGUUGUCAAAGGUGGAGUAGCAUAUAGGGGUAAGGCAGUGAGAAAGAAGCAAGAACUUCAUAAGAUGUGUGAGAGUAAUCGAGCCUAUGCACAGUUAAGAUAA